CUCCCAAAAUCCAAACAUUAAAGGCAGCAUUGUUUUCAUCUCUCUCUCUCUCUUUCUAUAUAUCAUUUUCGCCGUCUCAAUUUGUAAAAUUCCACCAAACAGACCCUUCUUCCUUAUCUUGCAAUCCACAAGAAUGUUCAUGGAGAUGGACGACACCAACGAAUCCAAUCCUCUGACCUUGAAUCACACAGGAGAAGACGAAGAACACGAAUCGCUCUCCCUUUCCGAUCUUCCACUCGAUAACGACAAAUCCGACGACCACACUUUCGACGGCUUCCGCAAGAAUCCGCGAAGAUCCUCAUCCGAGCCUCUCGAUCUCUUCGAAUUCUUCACCACCGGACUCAGAAGCUCUGAGAUAUCUCCGGCCGAGGAUUUGAUCUUCUGCGGCAGAUUGCUUCCUCUCAACGAUCAGACUCCGCUUACGCGCGCCACGGAGAAGAAUUUCAAAAAGGAAGAGAGCCGAAAGCAGGCUGCCUUUCGAAAACGGUCCGAGUCGUUGUCCGGAUUACAGAGCUCUGUUUCUCGAUCGAACAGUUCAAAAAUCAACCUCAAGCGGAGCAGUAAAUCGCUCGAUUACCGGAAACUCUACCGCCAAGGGAAUCCGAUUUUCUCGCCCACGGCGGAAGGCGAUCGUAAUUAUCCGAUGAAGAGCGCCGUGAGACCUGAUGCGCUGAACAAAAAGGCGUCGUCGAAGCCGCGGUGGUACUUGAUGAUGUUUGGAAUGGUGAAAUUUCCGGCGGAGAUGGAGCUCAGCGACAUUAAGAGCA